AUGAAGAUAGCAGUUUUCAGUGCCAAGCCUUACGAUGAAGAAUUUUUGACCAAAACCAAUGAAGCUUUGGGAGAGCACAAGCAUACCCUCAAAUUUGUUAAAUCUGCCCUUGAUGAAUCGCAUACUGUUUUAGCAAAGGGAUGUGAUGCCGUUUGUGUUUUUGUGAAUGAUCCUGUUGGAGAGUCUGUCAUUGAUUCCCUUGCAGAAUUGGGCAUCAAGUUGAUCUUGUGUCGAUGUGCUGGAUACAACAAUGUUAAUCUCAAGGCUUGUAAAAAGCAUGGAAUUACAGUGGCUCGUGUUCCUAAAUAUUCUCCCUAUGCUACUGCUGAACACUCGGUUGCUUUGAUGCUUACUUUGAAUAGAAAGACUCAUCGUGCCUAUAACCGUGUACGAGAGGGUGAUUUCAGUAUUAACGGUUUGAUGGGAUUUGAUAUGAAUGGAAGGAAUGUUGGUAUUAUUGGAACAGGUAAAAUCGGAAUGUUGGUUUGCAAGAUUUUGAAAUGUGGAUUUGGUUGCAAUGUAGUUGCUUAUGAUGUCUAUCAAAGCCAAGAAGUGAAAGAUCUUGGUGUUGAAUAUGUCGAUUUAGAUACUCUUUUCAAGACAAGUGACAUUAUUUCUCUUCACUGCCCUCUCCUUCCAUCUACCAAGUAUAUUGUGAAUGAUGAAGCUUUGGAGAAGAUGAAGAAGGGAGUGAUGAUUAUUAACGCUUCCCGAGGUGGUCUUUUGGAUACAAAGGCUGUCAUCAAACAUUUGAAGAAUGGAAAAGUUGGUUCAUUGGGUAUUGACACUUAUGAACAUGAAGCAAACACAUUCUAUGAAAAUCAUUCUGCAGAAAACGAUUUGAAUGAUGAAUUGUUACUUCGUCUUAUGAGUUUCAAGAAUGUGCUUGUGACCUCACAUCAAGCUUUCUUUACACAGGAAGCCAUGAAGAAUAUUGCUGAUUCUGUGUUGUCCAGUGCUGACCAAUUCCAAAAAGAUCACAAGAUUACUGGUGAGGAAUAUGUUCCAUACGAAUAA